CACCACCUCCACAAACAACCCAACCAACCUCUCGACCAGGAGUCUCCUCCACCCCCCCAUUCCCCACCCCCAACAAUGAGCUCCAUCCGGCGCAUGUCCCCGACGGACCUCCUCUCCCUCAACCUCACGAACCUCGACCCAUUGACCGAGAACUACGACCUAGGCUUCUACCUCAACUACCUGAUGCGAUGGCCCUCACUAUUUAGCACCGUCCAAGACCGCCACGAGGGCAUCGUGGGCUACAUCAUGGGCAAACUCGAAGAACAGCCCGCCAACAUGCGCCAUUCGGAACACUACACGCCCUGGCACGGCCACAUCACCGUGCUAACGGUUGCGCCCGCAUGGCGCCGACUCGGACACGCGCGCCGCCUCACCGAGCGCCUCGAGCAGGGAUCCGAUAUCAACGACGCCUGGUUUGUCGAUCUAUACGUGCGCGCCGGGAAUAAGGUGGCAGUUGAUAUGUAUAAUGGGAUGGGAUACUCCGUCUUCCGCCGCGUCGUCCACUAUUACAGCGACGAUCCCACAGGCAUGUCCGACUCCGGGGAGGACGCGUUCGACAUGCGCAAACCGUGCAGUCGCGACAAGAAGUUGCAGCAUGUGAGGGAGAAUGGGGAGACGUUCUUGGUGGAUCCCAUUGAUGUCUCAUGACAGAGAAAUAGAGGCGCGAGGCGGUGAUGUCAUGUGAUGUGAUGCGCGAUUCGAUUCGAUUGGAUUGGAUUGGAUUGGAUUUGGACAUACCAUGUGUUUGUUUGGUGGUGGGGGGAGUACAUAUGAUAGAUAGGAUGGCGCGAUGGGACGAGUCGGGACGAGGAGAAAAAAAAAAGCAUAGCGGUCGAGAUGUAUGUAUCUAGCAUUUGGUGUU